CCACCUCUCUACUCCAUGGAGUCCUCUCAGACUGCGUCCUCCGCUCUGGAACGACUCACCUUUAACAACACCGCGCUGAAACGGCUCCCGGUAGAUGUCCCCGCCGAGCCCUGCUCCAGGACUGUCCCGGGAGCGUGUUUCUCCCGUGUCGGCUCUCUUCAUCCACUGCUCCGGCCCAGAAUCGUAGCGCUGUCCCAGUCAGCUUUCUCUCUAUUGGGCCUGAGAGCGCAAGACGUGCUGGACGACCCUCUCUCCCCGGAGUAUUUGAGCGGAUCCAGGCUGCUGCCUGGUUCCGAGCCGGCUGCGCACUGCUACUGCGGGCAUCAGUUCGGGCUGUUCACGGGUCAGCUGGGUGAUGGAGCGGUCAUGUAUCUGGGGGAGGUGGAGUCCGACACCCACGGACAUUGGGAGAUACAGGUGAAAGGUGCUGGAGUCACACCUUACUCCAGAGACGGUGAUGGCAGGAAGGUGCUUCGCUCCAGCAUCAGAGAGUUCCUAUGCAGCGAAGCCAUGUUUGCCCUGGGGAUCCCCACCACCCGAGCAGCCUCCCUUGUUACCUCUGACCUCUACAUCAGCAGAGAUCCUCUCAACAAUGGUGAACGGAUUCCGGAGCGUUGCUCAGUUGUCAUGCGUCUCGCCCCUUCCUUCAUCAGAUUUGGCUCCUUUGAGAUCUUCCUGGGCCGGGAUGAAUUCUCUGGCCUGCAGGGUCCCAGCGCGGGGCGCCAAGACAUCCGUGCUCAGCUGCUGGAUUAUGUGAUUGAGAGUUUCUUUCCACAUGUUCUGCAGGCUCACCACAACAGGAAAGAAAGAAAUCUCUCUUUUUUCAGAGAGGUGACGAUGCGGACGGCAAAGCUGGUGGCCCAGUGGCAGUGUGUUGGCUUUUGCCAUGGUGUCCUCAACACAGACAAUAUGAGCAUCCUGGGUCUGACUCUGGACUAUGGGCCCUUUGGUUUCAUGGACAGAUUUGAUCCAGAUUUUGUCUGCAAUGCCUCAGACAAAAGGAGGCGCUAUUCGUACCAAGCGCAGCCCUCCGUGUGCCGCUGGAACCUGGCUCGUCUGGCCGAGGCGUUGGGCUCGGAGCUGAAGGCAGCGGAUGCAGGAGCGGUGCUGGAUGAUUUCAUGCCCACUUAUGAGGCUUACUAUCUGUGUGGCAUGAGAAAAAAGUUGGGACUUGUGAGAAAAGAAGAGGCAGAGGACAGAGAAGUUGUGUCAGAGCUAUUGCGGGUCAUGCACAACACAGGGGCUGAUUUCACCAACACUUUUCGCCUUCUGAGCCGGGUACCUUGGCCUGAGGGAGGAGAUGAUGAGAGGGCCACUGUGGGGCCAGUGGUGGACCUCAUUCUAAAGCAGUGUGCCUCCAUUGAGGAGUUAAAGGUGGCUAAUAAGCCUACGAUGGAGGACCGUGAACUGGCAAUGAUUCUGUCCAUGGCACACACCAACCCAGUCAUGUUCGGAAUGGUAGCAGACAGGCCAGACGUGGCCCAGCAGCUGGAACUCAUGGGCCGGCUAAAAGAGCUCCUUGAGACGGAUCAAGAAGAGCUGAAAGAAAAACAGCGCGACGACUGGAUCCGCUGGAUUUGCCAAUACAGGAGGCGCUUAGCCCGGGAGUUUGAUGGUACAAGGGACUUGCACCUUGUUAAGCAACAGAGGCUAAGAGUGAUGAACAGCAGCAAUCCACGUGUGGUUCUUCGCAACUAUAUUGCACAGAAUGCUAUUCAAGCAGCCGAUAAAGGAGACUUCUCUGAGGUAAACAGAAUUCUCAAAGUUCUGGAGGACCCGUACACGGACCCUGAGCCUUUGUGCCAACAACAAGAUGGAGCAGGUAACAGCAGUAAAACAAGUGAAGAAAGGGACCUCCUCGCAAUCCAAGAGAGACUGAAAAGUACAUUGAAGGAACAGUGUCUGAAAGUUUACGAGGGCAAUGCAGGAGAAGGACAACGUAUUUACCUAAAAGAAAUCUACACAGAGCUGCAUGUGAUAGCAGGAACCUGGGGAGGUUUAAGUGAUGAGCGUGAGUUCAGACAGCAAAAGUCCAAGCAAAUGGCAGUGGAAGAAACAAUUAAAGUCCGAGAUCUUUUCAAGCCCGAUCAAGAAAGACAGAUAAGGACUGUGCUUACUCAGGGUAUACCUGGAAUGGGUAAAACAGUCUGUGCACAGAAGUUCACUCUGAGCUGGGCAGAAGGAGAAGAACAUCAGGACAUCACCUUUCUCUUUCCGCUCCCUUUCAGGGAGUUGAAUUCCUUCAUGGGCGGGGGAGACUCUUCAUUAAUGGGCCUACUCCACUGGUUUUUCCCCCAGAUAAAACCCAUCGAGAAGCUAUCAGACUCCAAAGUCCUCUUCAUUUUCGAUGGCCUUGAUGAGAGUCUUCUCCCAUUAAAUUUCAAAUACAACAAGGUUUUGAGAGACGAGACGGAGCCGGCCCCGCUCGAUGUGCUGAUCACAAAUCUCAUCACAGGAGAUCUGCUCUGCAACGCAUUCGUCUGGAUCACAUGUAGGCCUGCGGCGACGGGCAAAAUUCCUCGAAAGUACAUUGACCAGUGGACUGAAAUCAAGGGCUUCACUGAAGACCGAUGGCAGGAAUACUUUAAGAAGCGUGUGAGUGACGAUGCCCUCUCCCUUCGGAUCAUAGACCAUGUGAAGUCAUCAAAAAGCCUCUAUGUAAUGUGUCAAAUACCAAUUUUCUGCUGGAUCACCGUCACUUUGAUUAAGAGAAUGCUGCAUGAAGACGUGACCGGAAGAUUGCCCAACACCCUGACUGAGAUGUACGUGUAUCUUCUUCUCUGUCAGACUGACCGGAUGGCUGAAAGGCACUACCCCAUGAGCGGUGAUAACGUUUGUUUGAAGCUGGCAGAACUAGCGUUCCGUCAGCUGGAGCAGCGUAAACAGAUCUUCUAUGAGGCUGACCUGAAAGAGUGCCACAUGGACAUCAAUGAGGCAACCACGUAUUCAGGUGUUUGCACAGAGAUGUUUCACAUGGAGGUGGGAAGGGGACAAAAAGUUUUUAACUUUGUGCAUUUGAGUAUCCAGGAGUUUCUGGCAGCUGUGUUUGUACAUUAUUCAUACAUGCAUAACAAGGAAAAUGUUCUUCUGGGUCGUCUGGAAAGACUUUCCUCAAAACUGUGGAGAAAGUCUGUUUUUGGCUUUCAUAAAUCUGCCAUUGAAAAGGCUUUGAAAAGUCCAGAUGGCCACUGGGAUCUCUUCCUUCGCUUCCUUCUGGGCCUUUCGUUGAAGUCAAACCAGGAGCUCCUUUAUGGUGUGUUGCAUUUGGAAGCAGAAGGAGAAGAAGAUGUGGCGAAAACCACACAGUUUAUCAAAGAAAUUAUCAAUGAAGAACCCGAAUCAAAGCUCAACUUGUUCCACUGUCUGGGGGAGCUCAGAGAUGAAUCUCUGGUACAGGAGAUUCAGGGCUUUGUAAGUUCUGGGAGGAUUGGAAGCACACAGUUAUCUUCGGCUCAAUGGUCCGCUCUCACUUUUGAGCUAAUGACAUCAGAUACUCUGGAGGAAACGUUUGACCUAAAGAAGUACUCAAGAUCAGAAGAAGGGCUAGAGAAGCUGCUGGUUGUUAUAACUUCCUCCACACAUGCCCUCCUAAAUUAUUGCAACCUCACUGAAAACUGCUGUCCAUUGCUGGCCUCUGCCUUGAGCUCAACGUCCUCUCAUCUGACAGAUUUAGAUUUGAGUAACAACAAGCUGAAGGAUUCGGGAGUGCAGCUGCUUUCUGAAGGUCUACUGAGUCCACAAUGCAAGCUGAAGAGUUUAAGAUUGCAUGAAUGCAAAGUGGAGGGUGGCUGCUGUGAGGCCUUGGCUGCUGCUCUUAACACAGAGUCAACACAACUGAGAGAGCUGGACCUGAGCGCUAAUGACCUCCAGCACAGUGGAGUGACGGCCCUGAGUUUGGGACUGAGCGGCUGUCACUGCAAGAUUGAGAUGUUGAGUUUAAGUCAGUGCAAACUGGGGGAGAGCUCCUGUGGAGCGUUAGCUUCAAUCUUCAACUCAGACUCUUCUCAACUGAAAUCUCUUGAUUUGAGUAACAACAACCUGAAGGAUGCUGGGGUGUCCCUGCUUGCUGCUGGACUAACAAGUCCAAGUUGUAAACUAGAAAUUCUGAGACUCAGCUGCUGUGGCCUAACGCAGAAAUCCUGUAGCUGCCUUAGUUCACCUCUCAGCUCAGACUCCAGCAAAGUCAAACAUCUGGACCUGAGUGGGAACAGCCUUCAAGGUCCAGGUUUUGGUACACUGUGCUCCGGCCUCAAAAGUCAGCACUGUAGACUGGAAACUUUAAUAUUAAAAGAGUGCAGUCUUCAGAAAUGCUGUGCUGACAUCGCCUUAGUCCUGAGCACUAACAACUCCCACAUGAAGAAGCUUGACCUGAGUGAGAAUGACCUGGAGGACCUGGAAGUAGAGUUGCUCUCUAACGGAAUAGCAAACCCAAACUGUGUCUUGGAAACCUUGAGCCUGUCGUUUUGUGGAGUCACCGUGAAAGGCUGUGCUCAUCUGGCUUCAGCCCUGAGCUCCAACCCUUCCCACCUGAGGCAGCUGGACCUCAGCUACAAUUAUCUCCAGGACUCUGGAGUGGAUCUGAUCUCGGAUCAGCGGGACGAUCCACUUUGUAGACUAGAACAUCUAAGUGUGGAUCAUAACGAGGAAUGUUACCUGAAAUCAACACUAAAAAAUUACUCCUGCAUCCUGACCUUUGACGCAAACACAGCCUCUACGUCUCUAUUUCUACACGACGGAGGUAAACAGGUGACGUGGGUCAGGGAGUCACAGCCGUACCCAAAACACCCCGAGAGGUUUGAAAGCGUCUCCCAGGUCCUGUGUCACCAAGGCCUUACCCAGCGACACUACUGGGAGGUGGAGUGGCGAGGACGCUGGGUGGACGUCGCCGUCGCCAUGAGGGGAAUCAGUCGCAGAGCGAACAGUCACGUGUCUGCGUUCGGCAAAACGGACCAGUCCUGGUGUCUGUUCUGCUCCGAAGAUCACUACAUCGCCGAGCAUGACAGCGAGCGCGAGGAAAUAUCCGUACCCGCGUCCCGCUCUCGGAAGGUCGCGGUCUAUCUGGACUGGCCUGGUGGCACCCUGUCCUUCUACAGGGUGUCUUCUGGGAGCCUCAAACAUCUUCACACGUUCUACAGUAACUUCAGCGAGCCGCUCUACCCCGGGUUUGGGAUGGAAGAGGACGACUGCUCUGUCAUUAUUCGUUCCAAUUAGGAUGCGUAGGAACGCGUUUGAGGUAACAGCAGAUGCAUUUCCAUCGAUCUUAAAAGCGCACAAUUUGACAUUUUGAAAAUAUAUUUGCUGAAUAUAAACCUGCAAAUUUAGAAAAAAAACAACUUCU